AAAUAUUCUCAACCUAAUCCCUUAUCUCUUUCAAUAAAUUCUUAUCAAUACCCAGUACUGGUUAAUUAGUAUUACAAUCACCUAAAAAACCAUGUUUAUGUUCAUUUUUCUUCUCAUGCUUUUCUCUGUAGCUAUUCUCUUACUAUCACUUCUUAUAUUCUCUUUCUUAUUCUCCGUACUAAGAAAAUCGUUUAUUAUAUUUGUUAAUAAUCACAACAGUGCUUACUGUAAAGAUUAUGGUCCAAUUUCGUACCCAAUUAUUGGGUGCUUGAUGUCAUUUUACGAGAAUCGCCGCCGACUUCUCGACUGGUACACUGAUUUGGUGUCCUGCUCGCCUACAAGCACCAUAGUCGUGCAGCGGCUUGGGGCUCUGCGCACGGUUGUCACGGCCAACCCAACCAACGUCGAGUACAUUGUCAAGACCAAUUUCGCUAACUUCCCGAAAGGAAAGCCUUUCACUGAAAUCCUCGGUGACCUCUUAGGGUGCGGGAUAUUCAAUGUGGAUGGCGAGUUAUGGUCAACUCAGAGAAAGCUAGCGAGUCACGAAUUCUCGGCUCGGUCGUUGAGGGAGUUCGUGGUGAAGACGUUGGAGGAGGAGGUGAGAGGCCGGUUGAUCCCGUUGCUCGAAAAUGCUGCAGAAAACGGCACCGUUUUGGACUUGCAGGAGGUGUUGAAGAGGUUCGCGUUCGAUACCAUCUGUAAAGUCUCACUCGGUCACGAUCCGUGUUGUUUGGACAUGUCGCGACCGGCGCCGAGUUUGUUUUGGGCUUUCGAUAGUGCUGCUGCGAUAAGUGCCAAGCGUAGUACGGAGCCGGUUGCACUGUUGUGGAAGAUGAAACGGUUGUUCCGAGUUGGAUCGGAGAAGAAGCUCCGAGAAGCGAUCGGAAUAGUUCGUAGAUCGGUUUCGGAGAUCAUAAAAAACAAAAGAAAAACUCUAGAAGAUGAUAAAGCCACUGCUGCCGGCGGAGCAAGAGGAGAUAUGCUUUCGAGGUUUUUAAUGGCUGGGCACGAAGAGGAGGUGGUGAGAGACAUGGUGAUAAGCUUCAUUAUGGCAGGACGUGACACUACGUCGGCGGCGAUGACAUGGCUAUUCUGGUUACUUUCCCAGAAUCCUGAAGCAGAGAAGCUUCUACUCAAUGAAGUCAGCAGAUAUAACGAUCACAGCAACGACAUUAGUGGGGGGCUGAACUAUGAUGCAUUGCAAGAGAUGAGCUUUCUGAAAGCUUGUCUGUGUGAGACCAUGCGGCUUUAUCCGCCGGUGUCGUGGGACUCGAAGCACGCCGCAAACGACGAUGUUUUGCCUGACGGAACUGUCGUGCGGAGGGGCGAUAGGGUCACAUUUUUUCCUUACGGGAUGGGGAGGAUAGAGGAGCUUUGGGGAAAAGACUGUCUUGAGUUUAAACCGGACCGGUGGCUCGAUGAACCAAGCGGUGGUGAGAUUAAUGGCCAUGUUUUGAAGGCGGUUAGCCCGUUUAAGUUUCCGGUAUUUCAAGCCGGUCCGAGAGUGUGUCUCGGGAAAGAGAUGGCGUUUACUCAGAUGAAAUAUGUGGUGGCUUCUGUGCUGAACCGGUUUGAGAUUCGACCAGUGUGUUUGGACCGACCACUUUUUGUUCCUCUUUUGACGGCUCACAUGGCUGGUGGCCUAAGAAUUUCGGUUACUAAGAGAGGAGUAGGCUCUCAUAAUAAUUGAUAUUAAUUUUCAUUAAUGGAUCGAUAGUAUAAUUAAAUCACUUAAUAAGUAAGAUAAAUAUAUAUCUGUAUUGAGGUUCAAUAUAUAGAUAUAUAUAUGUAUAUCUAUAGAUUUAAAGAAUAUGUUUCAUGUUUGUAAUAUAAUUAUUAUUGCUGCUAUAGUGAAAUUUAUAUAUACGUACAAAUUAUCUUACUUAAAAUAAAAAAAUGUGCGGUUAUCUUUUACAUUUUUUU